GCAGGACAGUGAGCGGGCAGAGACCCGGGAGCCCAGUUCUACUUCUUCGCCGCUGCUAGGCGAGGAGAGAAGAAGUGGAACUCCCCCUUCCCUCCUCUAGGCUGCGGCGCUGCGGGAUUCCUGGCCAGAAGCUGCGGAAUCAGGACCAGCGGCGGCCGCGCGACCGGCAGAGCGAGCGCGGGAGGCGGCGGCGAGCCCUGCCAGGCAGCGGCGCCCCCGGCGUGAACCCGGCAUGGCCCGAACCACUCCCUUAGCUUGGCUGCUGCUGCGGUCCCUGCUGUCGCUAUUCUGGGCGUCCUCGGCAGCCGGGACCAAGACGAUAGAAGUGCAGGCACCAGCCCAGGUGCGCGGCUUCCUGGGCAACAACACGGAGCUGCCGUGCAAACUGCAGCCGCUGGAGCUCACAGUGGUGGUGACGCAAGUGACCUGGACUCGGCAGAAGCUAACGGAAGAGCCCCGCAGCGUGGCGGUCUUCCACCCCACCCAGGGCCCCAGCUUCCGGGAGCCUGGCCGAUUGGAGUUCGUGGCCGCCAGACCCGGCGAGGAGCUGCGAGACGCGUCGCUGGCCGUGCGGGGGUUGCGCGCCGAGGAUGAAGGCAAUUACACCUGCCAGUUCGCCACGUUUCCCAACGGCGACAGGAGCGCGCGAACCUGGCUCCGGGUGCUUGCCGAGCCCCAGAACAAGGCAGAGACCCAGGAGGUCCCGCUCAGCCGGCUCAGCCCGGAGCCCGUGCCCGUGGCCCGCUGCGUCUCCACGGGGGGUCGCCCGCCCGCCCGCAUCUCCUGGUCCUCCUCCCUGGACAAGAUGGCCAGCACGAACCUGGUGCCAGGGCCCUUGUCCGGCACCGUCACCGUCAUCAGCCUCUUAACCUUAACGCCUUCCAGCCAGGUGGACGGCAAGAACGUCACCUGCAGAGUGGAGCACGAGAGCCUCGAGGAGCCCGCGGUGCUGUCCGUGACUCUCGCCGUGCCCUACCCCCCCGAGGUUUCCAUAUCCGGCUAUGAUGGCCCCUGGUACAUCGGCCAGAGUGACGUCGCCCUGAACUGUGACGUCCGCAGCAAACCAGAGCCCAGGGUCUACAAGUGGAACACGACCAUGGGACCCCUGCCACCUUGUGCUGUGGCCCAAGGCACCCGGCUCCUGAUCAAUACCGUGGACGAGUCCAUCAACACAACUUUCAUCUGCUUUGUCACCAAUGCCCUAGGGACUGGCCAGGCAGAAGUGACCACCCUGGUCAGAGGAUUUCCCAGGGAGCAGUCACGUUCGGGCUUGUCCGCUGGGAUCAUUACCAUCAUAGUCCUGGUUGUUGUGGCCCUGUUGCUGGGGCUCCUGAUUUGUUGCUGGUGGAUAAACUCCCGUAGGAACCAGCACAGCUCCUCAGCUAAUGGGACCGUCAGCUAUUCGGCUGUUAGCCCCAAUGACAGCUCUCCCCAGGAUCCACCAACAGAGGGCACCAGGUGACAGCAUCAGGACUGAAUGGAGAGAGAGACUGGAGCUGGUGAGGAGGUGGGCCUCGCAGCUGGAGCCCUGCCUCAAUGGAUGAAGUCUCCCUCCAAAGAGACUGGCCACCCUUCCCGUGCCAGACCUCAAGAACUUCCCCUCUGCCUCACAACCCAGUGGGCGGGUGCAAGUUCAGGGGUCCUCAAGACCAACCCUCAGGUUGAGUCAUCCCUACAAGGACUCACGGAACUCAGCAAAGCUGUUUUACGCAUAGUUACGGUUUACUAUGCUGCAAGUAUGAGAUGAAGUUCAGCCAUGUGAAAAAGCACACAGGGCAGGGUCCCGGCGCAAGCUUCCGGUUGUCCACUCCCAGUGGAGUCGUAUAGACAGCACUUACUUCUCCCGGCGAUGACACGUGACAGCACACAUGGAGUAUUGCCAAGUGGGAAAGCUCACCUGAGCCUUGGUUUCCAGAGUUUUUAUUGGAGCCUCAAUCAUGUACACACGGCUGACCCCCCUGUAGCUGACCUUAGCACCAACAUAGGUCAAGCCGAUAUUGUGUGGCCUAAGGUCCAAAUUUUGGCAUAGAAUCACACCAUUGGCCACAAUUAUCCUGUGUAGCCCACAGCCCCAGGUAAACAAAGACUUCUAUCAGCCAGGUCAUUCCAAGGAAGGGCUUAGAGGUUACUUCCCAGGAGCCAGAGGCAAAAGUCUUUUUUUUUUUUUUUGAGCAAGGUUAAUCCUUUUCUGCAUAGUAGGGCCACAGAGAGUGUUCCGACUACCAGACAUUUUUGGUAAGAAUUUGACUUCUGGCCUUGAGCUUCUAAGUCUCUGAUUCACUUGAAUUUCUGUGGCUGCAAGAAAUAGCCACUGACCCUUGUCGCCGGAAGAACCAGAGGCUGGGGACUUCCCUGGUGGCACAGUGGUUAAGAGCCCACCUGCCAAUACAGGGGACAUGGGUUCGAGCCCUGGUCUGGGAAGAUUCCACAUGCCAAGGAGCAACUAAGCCCAUGGGCCACAACUACUGAGCCUGCCUGCUGCAACUACUGAAGCCCACACUCCUAGAGCCCAUGCUCCGCAACAACAGAAGCCACUGCAAUGAGAAGCCUGCGCACUGCAACAAAGAGUAGCCCCUGCUCACAGCAACUAGAGAAAGACCGUGUGCAGCAAUGAAGACUCAAUGCAGCCAAUAAAUAAAUAAACUAAUUAAUCAAAAAAAAAGAAGAACUGGAACUCCGAUGCCCUAGGCUGUCCAAGGAGCAGGGGCACCUGGUGGUCAUGAACUUGGAGGCUGUCAUUUCCAGGCACCUUCUGCCAAGACUUGGUCCCAAGAGAGCAUCUGUAGCCAGAGUGCUGGGAUCCACAAGACCUCAGUCACUCAUUGAGGAAAGCAAGAAGUUGUUUCCAAAACGAGGAAGAAGAGGUGCUGAGGAAACAGAAACUACAGCUGUGCAGGAAAGGCUCCCCUCAGACAAGGAUGGCCACAGCCCAAGACCCAGGAGGCACAGCUGCUCAGAUACAACUGACAUGUUUACUUGAAAAUUGUCUACAAUCUUGGGGACAGGCACCAGAAUUCCUCUCAUGAGAGAACUAUCUGUUGGAGAAAAUACCUUAGGGAGAUAAAGACCUUGGGCCAGAAGGCUAAACUGGAGAGCAGGGCAUAAGCCACUCUGCAAGAGGAAACGAGAAGGAUUUGGGCUUCUCUCUGGACAGAUGGGAGAUUGCAGAACAGAGAAGGAUGGGGAAAAGAUGGGACCCCAUGGAAUGGGACGGGUAAUGGGUGACAAGGCCAUGGGGCUUCACAGUGUCAGGAACACAAAGGGAGAUUGGUUGCCUUGCCACUGCAGAAACCCCUUGUCCAUCCCCAGCCCCCAAACACCUUAUUAAAGUUUAUUUAUUACACCUCGA